AUGCGCAACCGCCUCACCUUAUGCAUUGUGCGAGGCCACGGCGCGACAUCUCCCGCACUACAUCGCCGCACUAGCUCCACGCGCGCACCGCGCCGCCGACCGCAGCGGCCGACAUUACCGAAACAAACACGGCGCGGGCCCAACGCCAGCCUUUUGCGGGCCGCAGGCGAACUCCCGAACGCUAGUGAUGUGCCUUCGUCCUCCGCGCUCGAAACACUUUCUUUUUGCGCGUACGUAGGACUCAUCUCUAAGGCGCCGGUAGCGCGCGGGGGGUCGAACCGGUCGGACGGGCCUCCUCCGGCGCGGGCGCAC